CGUGAAGGUGGUGGAGUAUAUAAGCACAUAACGGUCUCCCAUGGCUUAGUCAACGUCAGACUCAGGAUACAGACACAAGUGUCUGAGCAGCCACCACCGCCAUGUGUGACGACGAUACCUGUGCUCUUGUUGUGGACAAUGGCUCCGGCAUGGUCAAGGCCGGAUUCGCCGGAGACGACGCCCCUCGUGCCGUCUUCCCCUCCAUCGUCGGCCGCCCCCGUCACCAGGGUGUGAUGGUCGGUAUGGGUCAGAAGGACGCCUACGUCGGCGAUGAGGCCCAGAGCAAGAGAGGUAUCCUGACUCUCAAGUACCCCAUCGAGCACGGUAUCAUCACCAACUGGGACGACAUGGAGAAGAUCUGGCAUCACUCCUUCUACAACGAACUCCGUGUUGCUCCUGAGGAAUCUCCCGUCCUCCUCACUGAGGCUCCCCUCAACCCCAAGGCCAACCGAGAGAAGAUGACCCAGAUCAUGUUCGAGACCUUCAGCGCCCCCGCCAUGUACGUAGCCAUCCAGGCCGUGCUGUCCCUCUACGCCUCUGGUCGUACCACUGGUAUCGUCCUCGACUCCGGUGAUGGCGUCUCUCACACCGUCCCCAUCUACGAAGGUUAUGCUCUUCCUCAUGCUAUCCUUCGUCUCGACUUGGCUGGCCGUGACCUCACCGCUUACCUGAUGAAGAUCAUGACUGAGCGUGGCUACUCCUUCACCACCACCGCUGAACGUGAAAUCGUCCGUGACAUCAAGGAGAAGCUUUGCUACGUCGCCCUUGACUUCGAAAGCGAAAUGAGUGUUGCAGCUGCCUCUUCAUCUCUGGAGAAGUCCUAUGAACUUCCCGACGGUCAGGUCAUCACCAUCGGCAACGAGCGCUUCCGUGCACCCGAAGCCCUUUUCCAGCCUUCCUUCCUGGGUAUGGAAUCUGUUGGUAUCCACGAGACCGUGUACAACUCCAUCAUGAGGUGCGACAUUGAUAUCAGGAAGGACCUGUUCGCCAAUAAUGUCAUGUCUGGAGGCACCACUAUGUACCCUGGUAUUGCUGACCGCAUGCAGAAGGAAAUCACUGCCCUUGCUCCCUCCACCAUCAAGAUCAAGAUUAUUGCUCCUCCUGAGCGUAAAUACUCCGUCUGGAUCGGUGGCUCCAUUUUGGCCUCCCUGUCCACCUUCCAGGCUAUGUGGAUCACCAAGGAGGAGUAUGACGAAUCCGGCCCCGGCAUCGUCCACCGCAAGUGCUUCUAAGUCCUUGGACAUUAUCAUAUUAUAUACUUUUCUUCUUGCAUGAAUACAAAUAAUUUCUUA